UAUUUACCAUCUAGCCCUUUGCAGUAAACGUUCUUUAGCCCUUGCAGAAGCCCAGAAAACACUGGGGUAGAUAUUGACCUUCCAGGCCCCUGGCUCCUGCUCCUGCAGUACAUACAGGGGCAAAGUCCUGUACUUCAAACAGCGAGGGGCUCAGGUGGGAAUAGGGAGGUGGUGUGAAGCCUUUGGGGGAUAUCUGGCUCAGGCUGGGAGUUGAGAAGCCCAGUCUCCAGGGCUUUUCUGAGGCUCCAGACUUGAAGGGCCUUAGGAGGCUGCUUUGCCACUGCCUCUGGCGGGCGGGAAGGAAGGCGGGGGUGGGUAGAGGAAACUAGGCUCCCCCAGCCUGAGAGGGGAUCUGGAGCAGGUCCAGACCAUUGUGUCCAGCGGUAGGCCUUCAGUGCGGGAAGGGGCAGGGCGCCCCAGGCUCCCCUCCCCCAGCCCUCACAUCUGGUGGGCUGGGCCCAGCAUAGCUGGGAGGAGCAGCUGUGGUCUGCGCUGAGGCUGAGCCUCGUGACUGGCCUCUGGGGGUGGGGUGUCCUUUCCCAAGCAGUGGAGAGUGCAGUAGAGCCAGGAGGCUCCAGGCUGGGCCCGAAUCUGGGGCCUCAGCUAGUCACUGAACAGCUCUGAGGCUCAGUGGAGGGCUGGGGCGUAUCUGGCUUACCCACUCUGGGAAUCAGCGUUCCAGGAAAGUGUUAACUUUGGAGAAAGAAGACAACCAGACUUUUGGCUUUGAGCUCCAGACUUACGGGCUUCACCACCGAGAGGAGCAGCGUGUGGAGAUGGUGACUUUUGUCUGCCGAGUUCAUGAGUCCAGUCCUGCCCAGCUGGCUGGGCUCACACCAGGGGACACCAUUGCCAGCGUCAACGGCCUGAACGUGGAAGGUAUCCGGCACCGGGAGAUUGUUGACAUCAUCAAGGCAUCAGGCAACAUUCUCAGACUGGAGACCCUGUAUGGGACAUCCAUUCGAAAGGCAGAACUGGAGGCCCGCCUGCAGUACCUGAAGCAAACCCUGUAUGAGAAGUGGGGAGAAUACAGGUCCCUAAUGGUUCAGGAGCAGCGGCUGGUGCAUGGCCUGGUGGUGAAGGACCCCAGCAUCUAUGACACGCUGGAGUCGGUGCGCUCCUGCCUCUAUGGGGCCGGCCUGCUCCCGGGCUCGCUGCCCUUUGGGCCUCUGCUGGCUGCGCCCGGAGGUCCCCGCAGCGGCUCCCGGAAGGCCCGCGGUGACGCCCCCGACGAUGCUGUCUACCACACCUGCUUCUUCCGGGGGGCUGAGCUGCCCGCGCUGCUGCCGCCUCCACUGCCGCCCGCGCGCGCACCGGGCUCUGCGGAGGCUUUGGGGCUGGGUCCGGGGCCGCGGGCCGCGCUGAGCCGCAGUGCCAGCUUGCGCUGCGCGGGCCCCGGCGGGGGCGGCGGUGGGGUCGCCCCGGGCGCGCUCUGGACUGAGGCCCGAGAGCAGGCCCUGUGCGGCCCGGGCCUGCGCAAGACCAAGUACCGCAGCUUCCGCCGGCGGCUCCUCAAGUUCAUCCCCGGACUCAACCGCUCCCUGGAGGAGGAGGAGAGCCAGCUGUAGGGGAGGGGUGGGCAGGGAGGUAUUUAUUUAUUUAUUAGUAACAGCCAGAGCAGAGUGUGGGCGGGAGUGCGGCCCGGAAGACCCCAGGAGGCCAGAGCAGCGGGAGAGGGUCCGGCGAGCCCUGGCUGCCUGGUUAGUUCACGGCUAGUCUGUGCCAGUAGGGCUGAGCCAGGAGCCUGGAGCCCUUCUCUCCUCCGGAACUCGGGAGCUGGGGCAGGGGGAGAACAGGCAGUCGAGGUUGGAAGAAGUCUGGGAGCCAAAGGUGGGCGAGCUAUCCUAGUCUGGGUCAGUAGUGCCUUGUGGGUGUCCAGGGAAAACUCCCCAGCCAGGGUGGGGCCCUGUCCCACGAAGCCCUCCCUCUUCCUCAGCUUUCUUAGCUCCCCCGCCCUUAGCCUGGGGGAGGGGUCCCCUGCUGGGCAUCCCCCCCCCACAAAGCCAGUGGGCCCCAAGGGGGCAAGGUGCUGGGCCCCUCCCCCAGCCUUGACCCCAAGGGCUCGGUCCCUUCGAGGGGCCUGUAACUAAGCAGGGUCCUGCUGGGUGGGGUCCUGGGUUCUGUGCCCUUGGGGAGCAGGAAUGGGCACGUUCAGGUAGGCUAGGGGCAGCACAGACUGCUCUGCUGUUUUGCAUUUGUUGCUUCUGAACCACAAACUAUAAAAUUGACGGUUUUUUGCA